AGAUGGGGACAUUCUCGUUACUACAUUUUGGAUUAAUAUAAAAGUCAAUCAGCGGUGGGAGACGAUUAUUCAAACGUGAAGUUCCGUUCCGCGAAGGCAGUUACACACGUAGAAGUUAGGUGGAUAAAUUAGUAGCCGUAACGGUCAUCACCGAUCAACAGUAAGUUUAAGAAUAAAUACAGUUAGAAUCAGAAUCAGAAGAAUAAUGGCUUUCGCAUCGCCAAUGCCCAGCCGUGAGUUUCUCUGGGAUGUAUUUCAAAGAGUCGACAAGGAUCGUUCUGGAGAAAUUUCUGCCGAUGAAUUGCAACAGGCACUUUCCAAUGGAACAUGGACACCAUUUAAUCCAGAAACAGUUAGAAUGAUGAUUGGUAUGUUUGACUAUGACAAACCAACUGAAAAUUCUUCAGGUAUGUUCGAUAAAAAAGGCUCUGGAACUGUCAGCUUUGAGGAAUUUGGAGCUUUAUGGAAAUAUGUCACUGACUGGCAAAAUUGCUUCAGAUCCUUUGAUAGAGAUGGUAGUGGAAACAUAGAUCGAAAUGAGUUGAAAACUGCACUCACAAGCUUUGGAUAUCGUUUAUCGGAUAAUCUUAUCAGCACUCUGAUGCGCAAAUACGACAGAGCUGGCAGAGGAACUAUAUAUUUUGAUGAUUUUAUUCAAUGCUGUGUUGUUUUACAUACUUUGACAGCAUCAUUCAGACAAUUUGACACAGAUAUGGAUGGUGUUAUCACAAUUCACUAUGAACAAUUCCUAGGAAUGGUAUUUAACCUCAAAGUGUAACAAUUUGUAGUAUUGUCAUUGUUAUUUUAGCAUUGUUCACCUUCAUGCAUUACAUUUCAAAAUACUAAAUUUGUAUGUAUCUUUUCGAAAAAUUCUUUUCAGUGUUUGUGGAAUGUUUAUCAAAAUUAUGCCAAAUGUAAGGUGCUUAAAUAUUUUGGAAUACUAGAAUGUAUCAAAGUUUGUCUCUAUCUAUAAUGUUCAGACCUACUCAUUCAAAUUCAUAUUAAAUUUUAUGCCAUACCUUUGCUGGUAACUUGAUAUGAUCUAUUUCAAUCUAUAAACAAGUAUUUUACAAAUGUUAGUAAAUAAAUAAUAUUUUGUUGCUUUUGCUGAUGAAAGUAAUUUAAUGUAACAAGCAAAACAUUCCUAUGUUGAGAAACUUACUUCUCAUACAAUAUAUUUUUAUUAAAAUGCAACAAAAUAAUUUUUAUAUUUAUAAAUACCUAAUAAUUAACAAGGCUGAAGUGCUAAAAAACUAGAAUUUCUACAAAGAGCAAAUGAAAAAAAUAUUUUUGUGAAAGUAUAAAAUACUUGAAAUGUGUGAUUAUAUACCGAUAAGUCAAUAAAAAAAGUUAGUAACUUAAACAGUUAACUACAUAAAGUUAAGUCUGGCAAGUAGUUUUAUUUGUACUCAUAAUGAUUUUCAUAUAUUGAAAAAUUUUUUGCUGUUAAUACUUGUUACUUGUACACACUGUAAUCUUACUCUAAAAUUGUAUUGUUCUACAAUAACAUUUUUACAAGUAUAUACUUUUUUAUUUUUGAAUUCUGUAAAAUGUAUAUGAAUAAAACUUUAAACA